UCGCAUUCUUGCCGCAUUCUGUUAGUUUAUGCCGGACCACAGAUAGAUAUAGUCACUACCAACAGUUGGAUCGGAUCCCCCAUUUCUCAAACCUCGUACUCGGCCGCUGAAAGCUGGUCCCUCUCACAGCUUCCCCGCAAUCGCGUCCUCGCCGAACGAUGCCCGAUUUCACUUUGUUAUCGUAUGGUCAACGCCGUCUCACUCGUUAGAAAUACGCACGAUUCUGUAUACAUAACAGUUCUAAAACCCUGGGAACCCGUGGGCCCUGCCCAGGUGGGCUACCGAGGCCAUGGAGGCCGAUUGGGAUGAGUUGUUGCGCAUCCCGGUGCCUGCGCCCAACUCACACUCCCUGCCAACAAUCGGGACGACCGUUGCAUUCGAUGAUGUGAUGGAACUGCUAUGGGUAGGAAACGAAUUUGGCCGGAUUACGUCUUUCUACGGACCCGAAUUGCAACGGUAUACCUCUGUCCGGGCACAUCCUGCUUCUGAGGGGGCUGUACGACAGAUUAUAUUUCAUGAACGAGGGGUGAUCUCGUUGUCUUCGAAGAGCGUGCAUAUGAUAACUCGACGGGGUUUGACGCAAUGGCACAUCGCGCAUGAGGAAAUGACGGAUCUCCGCUGCAUGAGUUUCACCGCACAACUUAAUCGGAUUAUUGUUGCGGGAUGCCAGAGGGCGAUGUUCACGAUUGAUAUUGACAAGGGGACAAUAGUCGAUAAGCUGCCGACGGAGUUCAACUAUACUUUAAUGAAGAAGAGCCGGUACCUGUGUGGUGCGACGGACACUGGGUCGGUUAAUGCGCUGAGCUUGUUGGAUUUCCGCGUCGUCAAAAGUUUCAAGGCACACGGAACGGCGAUUAAUGAUAUGGAUGCCCAGAAUGAUCUUUUGGUUACCUGUGGAUUCUCGGCCAGGCACUUGGGAUCUCCAAUUGUGGACCCGUUGGCCAAUGUGUACGAUCUGAAGACACUCUCGCCGUUACCUCCUAUACCUUUCCAUGCUGGUGCCGCAUAUGUGCGCAUGCACCCUAAGCUGCAUACGACUAGUUUUGUGGCGUCCCAGACCGGGCAACUUCAAGUGGUGGACCUGAUGAACCCGAAUGCGAUCAAUCUUCGCCAGGCCAAUGUUUCUUUCAUGCUUGGGAUUGACAUCUCGCCAUCGGGAGAAGCCUUGGCAAUUAACGAUGCUGAGUGCUCUAUCCAUCUCUGGGGAUCACCUGCAAAAGUCCAUUUCAACGAAAUGAGCAAAGAGACCGAGUUUGCAGAUGUCACACCGCGAGCCCCUCCCCUGGAUUGGUCCCUCGACACACCGUUGAAUAUGAUCGGUAUGCCGUAUUACCAUGAUCGCCUUUUAUCCGCAUGGCCAAGUCACCUCGUCUUUGAGAUUGGCAGUCCACCAGCCCCCAUUGACCCAGCCCUUAUUCCUUAUCUUCGUGUCGCUGAGAUGGGACACUAUGCACCGAAUCCGAAGAAAACUAAACGAUACCAAAUUGAAAAUACCCGGGCACUAUCCACAGCAGAACCGGCUCUUAUCGCACCCAAGUUUUUGAGUGAGAAGGCGCGGGAUCAGAGCAAGGCAAUAUCUGACGGCUCUGUUGGUGAUACGGCUGACGCACUUGCUGGGACAAAGCUCAAUGGAGAAGCUGAAGAUGACCCUCUUCUCAAAUACAGCAAUGUCGAAAUCAAGUAUAGCAGAUUUGGUGUGGAUGAUUUCGACUUUAGAUUCUAUAACCAGACAGCAUUCUCUGGCCUAGAGACGCAUAUUGCAAACUCCUUCACCAACUCUCUUCUUCAACUACUCAAAUUUAUCCCAUUCGUGCGAAACUUGGCACUCCAGCAUGCUGCAGGUCCUUGUAUCUUCGAGAAUUGCCUUCUCUGUGAACUGGGUUAUCUUUUCGAUAUGCUCGACAAGGCCAAUGGCCAAAAUUGCCAGGCUACAAACUUGUUGAAAACUUUCAGCAGCUUCCGUGAAGCUUCAAAUCUGGGCCUUUUUGAAGAGAAUCUGACUACUAAAUCACUGUCUAGCGCCAUUCAAGCCGUCAACAGGUUUUUCAUGGGCCAGAUUGCCCACGAUUUCCGCGUGAUCUUGCCAGGCUCGGACGAUCUCGAACAGCGAUUAGCAACCAUUGCUUCUGAGUCUAUUCGGUGCAUAUUCUGCCAGAAUGAGAUUGUCAGACCUGGGAAUUCGCUUGUCAAUGAACUAAUCUACCCCGCCAUUGACAUAAAACAAGCCCGAAGAAACCCAGCUUUCCGAUUCUCGAGUAUUCUGAGAGCAAGUAUUGAGCGAGAGACCCAAAACAGAGGCUGGUGUAAUUACUGCCGCCGCUACCAGCAAGUGGCAAUCAGGAAGACGAUACACCGUAUGCCUCUCGUCUUGAUGCUUAAUGCGGCGCUGAGCAACCCACUUUGCCGAAGACUUUGGACGAUACCUGGCUGGCUUCCUGAACAAGUUGGAGUUCUUGUCGAUGGUGCUCAAGUUCUGUGUUUUGAAGGAGAGGAGCUUAAUCUACGGAUUCAAAGUAACACGCCAGGCCUCAUUGUUUAUGAAUUGGUUGGUCUGGUUUCGGAAAUCGACAUCCCUGAGCACCAGAAGCCGCAUCUGGUGUCGUUUAUCAAUGUCUCUAUCUCUGCUCGUGAGCCGGAAGCUAGAAAUAGAUGGCAUCUUUUCAAUGACUUCUUAGUCACAGAGGUGGACAAAGAUGAAGCACUGAGAUUUAGUCAGCCGUGGAAGAUACCAUGCGUGUUGGCGUAUCAAGCGAAGGAAGGCCGCCAUGGCGUUGACGACUCAUGGAAGGAUCUCCUUGAUACCACGCUCUUGUUCCGCGAGUGGUCUCUAAAUGGUGCUCGUCCCAUCGAUUCAUGUCAUACCCUCACCGAAAAGGAAAAGCCAACCUGUGAUACCCCCGUUGCUCUCGACACGGAAUUUGUUGACCUCGAAAAGGCUGAGAUCGAUGUGAAAGCCGAUGGCUCGCAGGAGAUUGUUAGGCCCAAUAAGAGUGGUCUUGCUCGAGUCUCUGUUCUUCGAGGCUCCGGAGAGGAAGAAGGGAAACCUUUCAUCGAUGAUUACAUUACCAUUAAAGAGCCAAUUGUGGACUAUGUCACGCAAUACUCUGGUAUCAAGCCUGGUGACUUGGACGCGAGAACCAGUCCGCAUAAUCUAGUCCCACUCAAAGUUGCGUACAAGAAGCUUUGGCUUCUUCUCAAUUUGGGGUGCAUUUUCGUCGGACAUGGCCUGGCCUCUGACUUUCGCAAGAUUAACAUCCAGGUUCCCAAGAGCCAAACCGUGGAUACUCAGUAUCUCUUUUUCUAUCCCGGCAAGAGUCGGCGUUUGAGUCUUCGAUAUCUUGCCUGGGCUGUAUUCAAGGAAUACAUCCAGGAAGAACCAGUCGACAACACACAAGGUCACGACUCCAUUGAAGAUGCGCGUAUGGCCCUGCGUCUUUGGAAAAAGUUCCAGGAGUACGAAGACGCUGGUAUUGUUGGUCAAAUGCUGGAAGAGAUUUUCCGUGAAGGAUCCAAACUAGGAUUCAGACCUCCUGCUCGGAACGGUACUGCAACGGUUCUUUCUCGGCCUGGAACCGCAGUGACGAUGCAGAACUCCCCAAGCGGUCGUAAUACCCCCAGCGCCCCUGAGCCAAGCGGAAAUGGCCCUGCCAGUGCACCUACGACGCCUAGACAGGGCUUCAGACGCUCGAUUGCGCUGACUCCAAGCAAUGGCAGUUUCGCCGGGCCGGGAACGGGGGAUUUCUUCAGUGGUAGUCCGCUCAGGUAGUUUAUAAGUGAUUUUUUUCGUUAUGUGCAUUGGGAAUGAUUGAACUUUUGAUGACUUUCAUGAUAGUACGUACAUGGCAUGGUAUGCGAUGGAAGUCGCUUUUGAUGAUAUAUUGUACCUACCAGUCCUUCUUGAGCUGUCUGUAGCAGAUUUGGGUUCGCUGCAGUUUACUCGAGUUAUCUUGAUAGAAAUAUGACUUCUCUACCUUC